AUGAUUAAUAUUAAAAACAAUCAUAAAAUUGGAGAUAAAAGUACAAAAAAUAUAUUGUUGUCUAACCACAGUAAUAAAUGUUUCCAUGAAAAUGAAUUUAAUUUGCCAUCAAACAAUAAAUGUUAUAAACUGAUUAGAAGUAAUAAAUCAAAUGAUAAUAAAAUUAAUAUAUGUGAAGAUGGUAAAAGGUACAUUUUUGAAAUGAAAAAUGUUGAAAAUCUUAAUAUAUUAAAAAGUAUUAAUAAAGAAUUUAUCAAUAAUAGUUACAUUGAUGUAGGAGUAAGAUGUGAUUUAGAAAAAGUUUGUAGAUAUAAAAGUUCAGAUGAUAUUAUUGAUGAGGAAAUUAAAAAAUUGAUUCCGUAUAUUUCAGAAAAUUGUAUCUUAUUAUAUAAUACAGAAUCAAAAGUAUUAGAAUGUAAAGAAGAAUUUAGUAUAAAAGAUAAUUACUCUUAUUUAUGUCAAAGAGAUACUUUUCUAGAUACAAAAUCAUGUUCAAGUGAUAAAAAAAUUAGGAAAACUGAUAAUUUUUGUUAUAAUAAGGAAAAAAUAAAUAGCAAUUUUUCUAAUGAUGCUUCUAAAAAUCUUUGUAAUGAUAUGGAAAUGCAAUUACCAAUUUUAGAAGCAUUAAAAAGUAUUGAUGUUGGAAAAACUUUUUCUAAAGAAAUGGAUAAACCUUUGUGGGUCAAUAUGCAUUGUCAAGACAAUGAUAUAUUAAUAUGUAAAUGGAAUAAUGAUUAUGUAGUAGAUUUAAAUAAUUAUUUUUCACAUAAUUCAAUUCAAAAAAAAAAUAAAGAUGAAAAUUGUGUUUAUAUAGAUAACAAGUCAAAAGGAUUACAUUUUUCAAAUUGUUCAUCUCUAUUAGGAGUAUUUUGUCAAUCUUACAAUUAA